GCCUUAGACUCUAAAACCUUAAAAAAAAUUUAUUAAAAACUAGCCUUUAAACCGGUCCGGGCCGGUUAACCAGUUCUACAGGGAUUUUGGUUGACUGGUCCGGUUGAUUGGAUGAAUUAAAGUGAACGAACCAACCCCAGUAACCCGGCCCCCUAAGUACCGGAUCGGGCGGGUUUCAACCGGUCUGGGGCGGGGCCGGGUCAACCCGUCCCGUUUAACACCUCUAGCGUGAAUGCAAGAUGCUUUGUGUACCAGACUGCACUUUUUUUUAAAGAAUCACCGAGUGCGUAGCACUUCAAAAAGGGAAAAUGAAUAAAAAAAAAAUUCUUUUGCAGUUAAAAAGAGGCAUUUAAUUUGGUCUCCCUUCAAGAAACCUUGAGAAGUAUAAUAGAAAAGGUUUCACUGCUAAUCAGAAAACCAAAAAUGGAAAAGUCUCACCAGCCAUUCUCCUCAAGAUUCAACUACUAGCCAGCAAUGUCAAUGUCUUCUAUUCAUUCAAAACUCAGCCAUAGAUUUCAAAUUCUCCCUAAACACUCAAAAUGUUCAAACAAAAGAAAGUACCUUUCACAAGCAAUCUUUAUAUAUAGCACACAACAUCAACAACGAAAACGCCUAACAACAACAAACUCCUCAAUCCGGAGCAUAUUUUAUAGAAGGCAUACAACAUCAACAGCAAAAACGUCUCAAUUCCAAGCAGUUUUCAUAUAAAGCGCACAACAUCAACAACAACGAGAACACCUCAACCACAAGCAGUUUCAAGAAUACUUUUGAAACUAAACAAUGAGAGUUUGACUUCUUCGUAACAGAACAAAUGGGAUUUUCAAACAUGAUAGGGAAGUAUCAUCUUGUAAGAACGAUUGGAGAAGGUACCUUUGCAAAGAUUAAGCUCGCCAUUAACACUAUCAACGGCGAAAAAGUAGCUAUCAAGAUCAUUGACAAACACAUGAUCAAGCAAAACAAUCUCAUAUACCAAGUUAAAAGAGAAAUACGGGCAAUGAAGCUCCUCAAUCACCCCAACAUAGUUCAAAUACACGAAGUAAUAGGGACAAAGACGAAAAUUUAUAUCGUCAUGGAGUAUGUACCAGGAGGGCCACUAUCAGAUCAGAUGUCAUACCUAACGAGAUUAGAAGAAAAAGAGGCAAGAAAAUACUUUCAACAGUUUAUUGAUGCUGUUGGUCAUUGCCAUAGCAAAGGGGUAUAUCACAGAGACCUAAAGCCACAAAACUUGCUUUUGGAUGGCAAGGGAAAUAUCAAAGUAUCAGAUUUCGGCCUCAGCACAUUGGCAAAGGCGAGUUCAUUGUUAUCCACCACAUGCGGAUCACCAAGCUAUGUAUCACCAGAGCUGCUCAGUCAAAAGGGCUAUGAGGGAGAAGCUGCAGAUAUUUGGUCAUGUGGGGUAAUCCUUUUCGAGUUACUAGCUGGAUAUCUACCCUUUGAUGAUAGUAACUUGUCAAACUUAUAUAGAAAGAUCUAUCGAGCUAAAUGCAUGUUUCCACGUUGGUUCACGGAAGACCAGAAAAAGCUAAUUUCCAGGAUACUAGACCCUAAUCCAAAAACGAGGAUAACAAUAGCAGAAAUUAUUGAAGAUGAAUGGUUUCAAAUGGAGCCAGUCGUGCGCGUAGAAUCCAAACAGCACAAUGGCAAGGAUGAUCGAUAUACAACAUUCAAUGUAAUUAAGGAAACUGAAGGAGGAUAUGACGUGGACGAAAGACCGAAUUUCAUAAAUGCCUUUAGGCUAAUAGCAAUGUCGCACGACCUAGAUUUGUCGCGUCUCUUUGAAGAAGAGGACAUGGAAAAGGAGAAGAUAACACUUGGAUCUAAGCACACAAUCGAUGAAACCAUAGAGAAAAUAAAGGCUGCUGCAGAACAUGUGAGACUAUCAGCUGAAAGAAUAGACAAGUGCAAGCUACAAAUUCACCCUAGCAAGAUGAUUAAAGCUUCAAAUUCAUACAUUGACCUAACAGCCCAGGUAGUUGAGCUCGCACCAAACCAUUGCGCCAUAGAAAUAACAAAGUCAGAAGGUGAACUGAGAUUAUACAAGCAGUUCUGCAAAAGUUUAUCAAGUAUGCUAACAAAGGAGGAAAGAUGCUUAAAAAAAACAUGUAAAAUGCAAAAGCUGGACGAAGACCAACAGGAUUAGAACUAUUCAAGUAUGAUCGGAGUUCGUUAACUUGACCGUAAAAUGGUGCAGAAAGCUUAGCAUGCAAGGAACACUCAAGUGCCUGAAGAGCAUAUUUACCGUAAAAAAUAUCACACAAUUUCCCCGAAGAUAACAAGUUUGGAAGUUCAAUAUGGAAAGAAGAGC